AUACACAAAAAAUAUAUUCAUAAUACAAUAGCAAGAACAAAAGCCUAAUAAAUAUAGGGGCAAAAUGUCCACGACGACGCGAAGUUCACUGACGAGAAAAUCGUCGCUGUCCAAAAGUAGCACCACGGACAAAACAACAACCAAAUCAACUACGAAAUCAGCAACAACAAAGUCAUCCAACACAAGUGCAACAACUACAACAACAACAACAGAUGCAACGGGGAGCGGCAGCAGACAGAAAAUGCAAUACACAAAGACGAGGGAACGCAUUGUCGAUGAUGUGCCCCUGCCGCCCACACACAAACUGACCAUGUCCGAGGUCUACGACGAUCCCAAAACGGGCAAGCCCAAUUUCGAUGUGCUGCGUCAGCACUUUCUGCUCGAGGGCCGCAUCGAGGAAUCCGUCGCCCUGCGCAUCAUCAACGAGGGCGCCGAUCUGCUGCGCGAGGAGAAGAACAUGAUCGAUGUGGAGGCUCCAAUUACCGUCUGCGGCGACAUUCACGGUCAGUUCUUUGAUUUGGUUAAGCUCUUCGAGGUUGGCGGCCCGCCGGCUACCACGCGUUACCUCUUCCUGGGCGACUACGUGGACAGGGGCUACUUCAGCAUUGAGUGUGUGCUCUAUCUGUGGGCCCUGAAGAUCACCUAUCCCGACACGCUGUCGCUGCUGCGCGGCAAUCACGAGUGCCGCCACCUAACGGAAUACUUCACCUUUAAACAGGAGUGCAUUAUUAAAUAUUCGGAAAGUAUUUACGAUGCGUGCAUGGAAGCGUUCGAUUGCCUGCCCCUCGCCGCGCUGCUCAACCAACAGUUUCUGUGCAUACACGGCGGUCUAUCGCCCGAGAUUUUCACACUCGACGACAUCAAGACGCUGAAUCGAUUCAGGGAGCCGCCCGCCUAUGGGCCCAUGUGUGAUCUGCUAUGGUCCGAUCCGUUGGAGGAUUUUGGCAACGAGAAGACCACCGAGUUCUUCUCACACAAUUCGGUGCGCGGCUGUUCCUAUUUCUUCAGCUACGCGGCCUGCUGUGAGUUUCUGCAAAAGAACAAUCUGCUCUCCAUAGUCCGGGCGCACGAGGCUCAGGAUGCGGGCUAUCGCAUGUAUCGGAAAAAUCAGGUAACGGGCUUCCCCUCGCUGAUCACCAUCUUCUCGGCGCCCAACUAUCUGGAUGUUUACAACAACAAGGCAGCUGUGCUCAAGUACGAGAACAACGUGAUGAACAUAAGACAAUUCAACUGCUCGCCGCAUCCCUACUGGCUGCCCAACUUCAUGGAUGUCUUCACCUGGUCCCUGCCCUUUGUUGGCGAAAAGGUCACGGAGAUGCUGGUUAAUGUUCUCAACAUUUGCUCCGACGACGAGCUUGUCGCAGGCCCCGAUGACGAGCUGGAGGAGGAGCUGCGCAAGAAAAUUGUGCUCGUGCCGGCGACAGUGAAUAAUAAUAACAAUAACAAUAAUACGCCCAGUAAGCCAGCUUCCAUGUCGGCGCUGCGCAAGGAGAUAAUUCGCAACAAAAUACGCGCCAUUGGCAAAAUGUCGCGUGUCUUUUCGGUUCUGAGGGAAGAGUCGGAGAGCGUGCUGAAACUGAAGGGCCUGACGCCCACGGGCGCAUUGCCAAUGGGCGCGCUGUCUGGUGGGCGUGAUUCACUCAAAGAGGCACUGCAAGGACUGACCGCAGCCUCUCAGAUUCAUUCCUUUGCCGAGGCGAAGGGCUUGGACGCUGUCAAUGAGCGGAUGCCGCCGCGUCGUCCGCUGACGAUGAGCGCCAGCAGCAGCAGCAUCACAACCAUUAAAAGCACCACCACCACCAGCAAUAGCAACAGCAACAGCAGCAGCAACAACAACAACAACAACACAGAAACCACCAAGAACAGCAACAGUGAUGCCACACUAACAAAAACGAGCCGAACGACCGUUAGAUCGGCGACUACAAGCAACGUGCGCAGCGGCUACACAUCGAAGAGAUUCUCAUAGUCAGCGGGAUCAGAGCUAGGAACUGCUGAGUCACUGCAAUGAUAUAUACCUAUACAUAUUUAGUUUAAUUGAUUUUCAGUUUCAUUUGCUAGUCACUUGCCCAAUUACAUCUUCUUUACAUAUUAUUUAUACUUACACGCAUACACACAUACAUAUAUUAUUAUUUUGUUAGCACAAAUUUUAUACGGAAUUCGUUUGUAAUGCUAGUAAAAAUUGUUACACCUUU